AGGAAGACAGGAAGGAGACGAGCGGGCAAAGCAGAUACAGCAUUACACACUGUCAUCUCAUCCCUCUUCCGCCAUCAUCUUCAUUGUCUUCAUCAUCCAAUUGCCACCAUUGUUCUCCUCCUAUUACCACUGCAAGCGCAUACACACACGCACUACACCUCUUGCUCAUCUGUUCAUCAACUAGACCUGCUUAUUGCUUUCUCCCCUCCUCCCUCUUUCUCUACUUCGUUUAUCUCUCUCCACUCCACUCUAUCUCCAUUCCAUCUUCACUCUAUCAGCCGCCUUUGCAUCUAUCUUCUUGUCUCCCCUUCUUGCUGUCAUAAAGCACGAUACCGCCAUGUCAAGACUUCUUUCCUCCGCAACACCGUCCUUCGGACAAGCAGCCUACGCCCCUCUCCGGGAUUCUAGACACUCAAUAGAUUCAACGCCUGAAGAAGAAGACCUCGAUCCAGACUCUAUAUCUUCUUCUCAGCGAAACCAUACUCAGUACAACAUACCUCGUCCUGAUCAAUUGGACCACAGCCAGCACAUCCUUGCAAGCGAUUCCGACGAAGACGGCAGCGACAGUACUUGCCGUCAAAAGACCGAUGCUGCAAAUGCUCGUUCUGGAAUCACCCAACAUGAAGACUCAGGCGAAAGCAGCAGCACCAUCGUGUCAAUUGAGUCUAACCCAGAGUCGCCGCCGCCCAAGUACGGACGCGAGGCCUUUGACUUUGAAGACGCAAGCCCUGAUACCAACCAUGAUCACGAUGAAACCUGUCACCGAGGUGCAGACGACGGUGGCGACGACAGUGAAAAUGGGUUGUGGAUGCAGGCAUCGACAACCUUGGUGAUCGCAGUCAGCGGAUUGAUCUGUGCUGGCUGGCUUCUGGAUGAGGUGCAGCACUGGGACGUCUUCAUCGAGAUCUCCGAACUUAUUAUUUUGAUACCCAUCCUUCUCAACCUGAAGGGAAACCUAGAAAUGAACCUCGCCAGUCGACUCUCAACAGCAUCGAACAUGGGGUUGUUGGAUUCGAUCGCAACACGGAAUGCAUUCAUCAAAGGAAACCUAGCGCUGCUUCAGCUCCAGAGUCUUACAGUGGGAUCAAUAGCAGGAUUGUUUUCGUUUGCCUUGGGCAUGGUCGUCCAUCCUACCACCAAUAACCUGGAAGAAAUUGCGCUCAUGAUUUCCUCCAGCAUGCUGUGCGCUUCCAUCAGCAGCUUUGUCUUGGGCAGCUUCAUGUGUGCACUCGUCUUGAUUUGUAGGCACUACAGAGUCAACCCAGACAACAUCGCGUGUCCUCUGGCUUCGUCGUUCGGAGAUUUGGUGACACUCAUGAUCUUGUCGGGCAUCGCUGUCUUCCUGCAAGAAUAUAUUCAAACGCCAUUGUGCCUCAUGGUUCUGUUGGCCCAGCUAGCACUGAUUCCUGUAUGGCUAUACUAUGUACGUCGUAACAAGUAUGUCUCUGAGGUCGUCAAGGAGGGCUGGGGACCAGUCUUCUCUGCCAUGGUGAUCGCCAGCACAGCAGGAUUGACACUGGAGCGCUAUAUCAACCAAUUCCCAGGAAUGGCCAUGAUCUCGCCUGUUCUCAAUGGGUUGACAGGAAACAUCGGAUCAAUCUAUGCCAGUCGAAUCAGUACGGCGCUGCAUGCCAACACCACAGAGAACUAUCGUGCAACAGAGAAGACGCUGUUCCUGGUUCACAUUCCCAUCGAGAUUCUCUUUCUCGCCGUGAUCAGUCUUCUCGGACUGGGCGAUGUCCAAUGGAGUGCAGGUGUCGUGUUCGGCUAUGCUGCUGUGUCAUUGACCCUUGUGGUUAUUGCGCUAGUACUCGCCAAGUCGAUCACGCGUUUGUUUUGGCGCUGGGGCUACGAUCCGGACAACUAUGCCUUGCCCAUCUUGACUUCGCUGAUUGACGUGCUAGGCACUGCGCUGCUCGUUAUGGGUUUCUGGAUAUUGGGAUAUGGCAACGCCCGUCAGCCAGCUGAGUAAUGAGCACACGUGACAUUCCUCACGCAUCGCAAUAAAGUUGCCCAAAGCUCACUUCCUUGCGAUUCCAUUCAACAGCCAU